AUGAUCGAUUAUGGCCACUGUGAUGCUCAUCGAAAGCCGAAGGGUUCUCCUACCAAGGACAUUCCUCGUCCUCACAUCGGGCUCGUCCCAUAUGCUCCUACAGAGAUUCGCUCAUGCACUGUACCCGGAACAGUGGCCUUGACCUUUGACGAUGGUCCGAGUCGAUACACAGGAGACCUUCUCGAUCUGCUUGAGAAAUAUGAAGCACCGGCCACCUUUUUUGUCACUGGAAUCAACAACGGCAAAGGCUCGAUCGACGACGAUUCUCUCCCUUGGCCCUCCUUGAUCCAACGCAUGAUACUCAGUGGUCAUCAGGUCGCAAGUCAUACCUGGUCUCACGAAGAUUUGAGCAAGGUGACACCCAAACAACGUACUGCACAACUGGAAAGAAACGAAGCGGCUCUGCGAAAUAUCAUGGGCAGCUUUCCGACCUACAUGCGUCCACCUUACUCUAGCUGUCAUCCACGCUCAGGUUGCCGUGAACACCUUGGGGAAAUGGGUUACCACAUUGUCCUGUAUGAUAUCGACACCGAAGACUACAAAAAUGACGACCCCAGUUUGAUUCAGCGGUCCAAGGACAUCUUCGAUGACGCUCUAUCCAGCGGUAAUCCUCACACGAAGUCGUGGCUCGUCAUCGGUCAUGACGCCCAUGAACAAACUGUUCAUAAUCUCACAGAGCACAUGUUGCAGACAAUGACGCGACUCGGAUAUCGUCCUGUGACGUUGGGCGAUUGCCUACGUGACCCGCGUGACAAUUGGUACCGCAAAGAUAGCAGCUGGCCGGGUCGGACAAACAGCAACAAGCCCAAGAACAAGCCCAAGAAAGGACCUAGUCAGCAAAUUUCGGUUGACGGUACUUGCGGAGCUAAUUAUACCUGCUUCGGGUCUCCAUUCGGCUUAUGCUGUGGAAGCUCCCAUGUUUGUGGAAACACGACCGUACAUUGCGGCAAGGGCUGUCUGAAAGAUGCCGGAUAUUGCGCUAUUGAAACGCCUCAUAAUGGUGAUGCGUGGGAUCCAAAAUCCCCUAGCCGGAAAUCAGAGGCGGGCUCGGAUUUUCAAACUGUUGGUACUGCAGCUCUUACCUCUCUUCUUCUGGCUUUGAUUGUAGCGAUGUGGAUGUGA